UCCAAAAAGUUUGAAAAGUUUUCCGCGCUUUUCUACUUUUUCUUUCAUCACUUUUUUGCAAUCUUGCAUUAUUUUGUAAUACGAGUAGUUCUGUUCUUCAAUUUGAUGAUAAAUCGAUCUGUUUUGAGUUCAUUUUCCUAACUAACCUCUCAUCAGUUAUUUGAAUACCUCACUAUGGAACCCGAAGAAAGAAUCGAAAAGCUAAAGUCACAAGUUCAGUUAUCCCAAGUCGCUGCUCAAAAUACCGAACUAACUUCAGCGCACCUGAAUAAGAUAAAGAGUAUCUGGGAAACGCAAGAGGAUUUGAAAAGUCAAAAUGAAAGAAAUAUGACUAUACAAGAGGUGCUGUUGGAUUUGGAGGUAUUGGAGACAACAGGCUCCACAUUGGGGCAUUACAUCAAGACAGUGAAGGCAAACGUAAAUACUUUUUCGUUGUCCGAAUUCGCCGAUAAAUUGAACGCUAAAUUCUUACAAAAAGGUAAACACAAUUGGCUCAAGUCUUCUGAAAGAGCUAUCCCAAUCAUCAAUCGUUUACCUGGAUUUCCUCUGCUUUUGGGAACUUUCAAACCAAACGCUCCUUUCGUGGUGCCGGAGAAAAAAAGGAAAGUUACCGUCCGACAAAAAGAUGUACUCGCUGCUAAGCAAAAAGCAGAAAAUGUCGUGAUGACAGAGAAAAAUAACGAUUCCAUUGAUGUGAAAGUCAAUUUCGUUAUUAAGAAUUUGAAAAGAUGUUUCAAAGAAAAUGAAAAGCAACCUAUUCCGUUGUAUGAUUUCAUCAUCCAUCCGACCAACUUUACUACGACUGUCGAAAAUAUUUUUUACCUGUCUUUCGUUAUUAGAGAUGGAUUGGCGUUAAUUGAAGUGUUCGACGAUGAACUAUUCAUUUCACCGAUGGAACGCGAAGAACACGAGACCAAGAAAAUAUCUACGAAGAAACAGUUCAUAUUUAAUAUUACUAUGCAACAGUGGAUUGACAAAAUCAAAGAGAAGAAUAUUCAAGAACCAGCUAUCGAUUGGGGGCUCAAUCAAUACACUCCGAAGAAUGUCUAAUGCUUAUGAAUUAGAUGUUAUUCAUUUUUGAUACACGUGUGAUUCUUUUGUUACAUUUUAUCCUUUAUUAUUGUUUUGUAAGAUUAAUUUGUAGGUUACCCAAUCGUUUCAGUACCUCAAAGUGAUUACUGUUCUUAUUUCCAAGUUAUAAUCAUGUUGCUUGUUAUAAGUUUUUCUAUGUAUGUUAAGAUUAAGACAUGUAAUUUUUUACGCAAAAGUCAUUUUUGUAUGAAGUAAAAUUUGUUUUUUUUUUUAA